CUUCUUCUUGUCCGUCAGUCCCUCCACCGUCACUAUUCGGAAGUGCUCACUCCCUUUUGGCUUCCGCCUCUUUGACCGCAGACCCUGCAUACAAUAAAUCAAACGAUAUAACGACCUCGAAGUACAUAUACAUAUUUGUGACGAUCAGCGACAUGUGCCGGCUCUGAACUCGCCCCCAUUGUCACGACAAGUAGAGGUGGAAAAGAAUUAUUCUUAUCUGCCGUCAGGAAAGGUUCUUGACCAUUCGGAUUGCAGAUUACUGUAGUACAAUAUCUGGUCGUCCACCCGAACGACCAAUUCCGUCCCUCGUCGAGACCCUCUUCGAACUUGGGAAUACCACAGUCUGUGUAGUCCUUUCGUUCUGUCAUGGUAGCGCUGAGGUCUUCUGAGACGACAUCGAGAAGAAAUCUGAUAUGAGUGGGGAUCAACAGGCAUCCAGCUUUGGAGAUCCAAACGCUCUACCACCGACUCCGAAACGGACACCGACGUCUGCCCACCUCCCGAGCCCUGUCUUCAAGACCCCCAAGAAUCGGCAAGGUCCCUUUAAUGAGCCGGGUGGCUGGACGCCUCUCUUUGCCGAAGAAUACUCCGUCUUCAAUACUACGCCGGGCAAUCUCCAGGCCUCCCACAGUCCGUUUGCUGAAUUCACUACUCCCAAAGGACCCGACUUCCGAGCCGCCGCGGGCGUCCAUAAGAGGCAGCCAUCGACAGGAGGAAGGAUCACUGCAGCCCAUGACACGCACCUUUACUCGAAUCCGAACCUCUCCCAGUCGCCCGUCAAUUCUUCCCGCGUGUUGCCCUCUUCGCCGGGGCCGGUGACCGGGCCGCACGAGUUUUCGGGAACCGAAGAUAACGGCUCAGAGCAGCAGGGUAACAACCCCUCAAAGACGAGAAGAUCAGUCACAAAGACGAAACAAGGACCCGAAGGAGGUGUUCGUGUUCAUCCCGAGGAAAAAGAAGCACAGGGCCAAACAGCGACGCCCCCUCCCUCGUCCCACAAGAGAGGGCGAAAUUCCAGGCCGAAGCUCGAAGUAGGCAACAUGCAAAAUGACAAUGGCUACGGCCAGCCGGACUUUGCGGCGGAGACGCCCCAGCAACCCAACGUGGCCGGCUACGUAUCCACGUCCGACUUCUUCGGCUACCCCAUGUCCGCGCCGGCCGCCGCGCCCUCCAGCUUUUGGGAUCCGGGAGCCGACAUGUCGGGGAUGGACAUUGACUUUUCAUUCGGCGUUGAUGCCUUCCAGAUGCCCACGCUCGGCCACCGGCCCACAGGCUCGUUUGAUGCCAACCAAAUGUUCCAGGAUAUGGAGACCCUACCUCAGGAGCCGCAGCAGCAAACGAGCCAAAUGCCAAGACAACAGCCGCCCCAGCAGCAGCAACCCAAAAAAAAGCCACGGGCUGUCAGGAAACCCCGGCCAUUGGCUCCCAAGACGUCGUUGUCCCAAACUGAAUCGAAGCCAACCUCUACCGCAGGACCUUCGAUGUCCUCCUCAGCCGUGCAUCCCGGUCCCAUUGACAAUCGGUUCAAUCUCAUGAGCCCGGGGACCGGCGUGGACCCAGGGUUGCUUUUCAGCCGACCCCAGUCUUCGAGCAUGGACAUCAGCUUACCGACGACUCAAGUGGACCGAGGGGCACAGUUCUCCAUGGAAGCCGUGGCACAAGCCCUGUCCAAGGCACCCGUGCGGAACGACUUGCGCCGGUCCUCCAGCACGAGGGAACGACCGGCAACCCGGGUUCCGGACCGCAGCCUGGCCAGUUCGCCCAUGAAAUCCAGUAGCCGGCCGGGACUGCAGAGGAGCCUGAGCGAGAACAGGGGCAAACGAAGCCUGGCACGGAACCAGCCACCGUCUCUGGCACCCCCGGCCCAACCGACGCCAGCCGUCGCAAGCAGCUCCUCCUCGUCCAGGGGGGUGAACAGCCGGCCGCCGAGCACGAGACCAUCGGGUCGAACGUCGCCUCUGAAGAACCAGUUCCAGCUGUCGAGCCUGACGUCUAUCCCGGAGGCACCUCCGCCACGCGCUCGGACAUUGGUCAGGUUCACCAUCGACGCAGACGGCCGAGCCCGAGCCGAAACAACGGUGGUCGUAGACGGCGAGACGACCGGUCCAGGGUCGGAGGCGAGCAGCAUGCAGUGCAGCAGCAGGAGGUCGUCCCGGGAGGCGGCGUCGGUGCGCGCACGGAGCUUCGAUUCGGGGGACGAGGAGGAGUCGACGGACGACGAGCCCAUCAUCCUCCCCAGCCGGAACACGUCGUUUGCGCUGCCGGACCCGCACAAGCCGACCCGAGCCGGGUAUCACACGUCGUCGCAGCGGAGUGUCAGCGACCGCAGCACGAGCUCGUACAUGGCCGGCGGGGCCGGGGUCGACAGAGGAGCGGGCAACGACGCGGAGAGCGAGGCGGAGACGGUGAUGAAUGGGAUGGAGCGCGGCGGAAGUGAUGAUGCGGCGAACGAGCUGCGCAGGCUUAGAGAGAACCGGCAGAAGCGCGUAUCGGGACCGGGAUCGGGGAUCUCUGGGAAACAUCAGCAGCAACGGGAACGGGGCCAGGGUCGGAUGGGCAGAAGCUUUGGGGGCAUGGCGGGACCGGUGGCGGCGUCGCCGACGUCGUUCACGGACGGGAGCCUCCCGACCCCUUCGACGGAGGCGCGGGGACGGCGUAUUCGGUGCGUAUGCCAGCGGAAUGGUGGCAAUCGUGACGGAGACGGGUUCAUGGUGCAAUGCGAGUCGUGCGAGAUGUGGCUCCACGGGCAAUGCAUCAGAAUCACGUCGCGCCGGAUGCUUCCCAGCGUGUAUAUCUGUGCCUUCUGCGCCAAUACGCCGAAUGCCCGGGGGAUUCAGUUGCGGGAGAGCGGGAGAGAUGUGGCUCACGGUGGAGGCGCCUCUCCGUUGGCUCACAAGUCGUUCAAGUCGUUCCGAUGAAGGUGGAUGCCGCGGCGGGGAAAAAGAAAGGCACGGAAGAAGGAUAACGAAAUACCAUGCAUGGACUGGAUAUGAUGGAUGGGCGGGUUUCCUGGGGGACGGGGGUUUGAUUUAUUCUGCGGACGUUGCCAUGUUCAGGCCGUGUCUUCGAAGGAGGGGAGACAGCGGAGACGGAUGACGAGCAGGUGAAAGAAAAGAAAAAGAAGACAAAAGAAAAAGAAGACAAAAAGAGAUGCUGAAAUGAAGAUAUGAGAGCAUUUGAAUUGAUAUGGAGGGGAUAGAGAGGUUUGGCAAAUACUUAUGAGAUACUUUUGAGAAGAACGGACACAUGAUACCCAUACCCCUAAGGUGGCCAGAGACUGGAUUAGGUGCCUGGCUUUAGGUUGUCUCUGCAGCUCAACUCUGUACUCUGUACUCCGUAUUACGUACGGAUAGAGCUUUCCACGGAAGUACUCAGAAUACAGGCA